AUGAUCGUGAAGGAGACGUAUGCCAAAUACUGGCCAGAUAAUGGGACAAUGAAGAUAAAUGUUACGAGAAAGAGAUCGAACCACAUCUCUGUUACAUUUCAAAGAGUAGAAAGUUGGCCAACCUAUGAGAUAAGAACAUUCGCCGUAGUUUACUUGUCAACGAAAAUGAUUGUGACUCACAUGUGGUACAGGUGUUGGUCCGAACGAGAUGUCCCUGAGAACAUUGGAAGUCUGCUGAACUUUCACCACGCGGUCAAAUGUCGCGUGGUUAAUAAUGAAAAUAAUAAUAAUCCUUUGUCUUAUGUGCUCGUUCACUGCAGAAUUUUAUGUUUUGUUGGGAUUUUUAGUACUGGUGUGGGUAGAACCGGUGCAUUCCUAGGGUUGGAUUACUUGCUGGAAGAGUGCGACGACGUUGGCUCUGUUGACGUUUUCCAGUGUCUGCAGUUUCUCAGAUCUCAACGAAACUGCAUGGUUCAAUCAGUGGAGCAAUGUGAUUUUUUGUUCCAAGCCUUGAUUGAGUACAGUAAGUUGGGACACACGACAUGUUUUUCAACGAGAAAUAAAGAAUUUUCAAACUUUGUUAAUAGCAAAGAGUUUAAAAACUCUAUCGAAACACAGUAUAAGGCACUAAUUGAAAACAGUUUGAAAUCUGGUGAUGAGAAAAAUGGUGUUGAAACAAGGAUUGAGAGAAUUCACAAUCCCCAUUCAAUAUGGAGGUGUUUCACGAAGUCGAGAGCCAUACUGACUUGUGAAAUUAAUGACAGCCUGACUGGAGAUGAACUAUUCAGAGACAUCAUUUUGAAGAAAAUCAUCCCAAAACCAGGAGAGUUUUUUGAAUUUUCAAGCUACACUGUUCUAAAUUGCACCUCUGUGUAUGAGAACGAUCGAAACAUUUACACAAACACUAAAGAUGACGUGAAUGAUGACGACAACAAUGACGUCACCAUUUUGAAAGUUACUAACUCAGGCUACGACUACGUUGUCGGGAAUGAUGAUGCAUACGAAAGAAGUGAGUCUGACGUACAUUACGUUAAGGUCUUUCAAUACAAAGCCCUGAAUGAAAUUGCGAGCCUCUAUAAAUCGAUUAAGACUGAGCUAAAAAAUUCUCAAGCACCUAUCAUACCAGUUCUUUACGGGCCUUCUGAGGACAGGAUCUUAAACGAAACAUUGGUGAUGUUGUCAUUGCUGGAAAUGGUUGACACCCACGAACACGCUGAUGUUUUCCAGACUGUCCUCCAACUUCAACCACACACUGACCACAACCUCAACCCCACCUACGACGCUUAUAGCUACAACAAUGAUGAAGUCUUCAUCACCAUGAACCAGUAUAUCCAUAUUCACCAGGCUGUUAAAAGUCUUUCCGAGAAGAGACCACUCUCCGAUCACUUGUACACCCAACUUACUGACGAUAUCAAACUGUCUAAACGCUCUACUAUUUAUAACUAA